AAUUUAAAUAAUCAACACGUGGUUUUGCUUCGUAUAACACAGCUGAACAAUGUUAAUACUAUUUCAACAAAAAGUCAAUAACAGGUUUAGUUUCUUAUACAAUCGUCAUCAUGGAGCAUGAUCCUUCUGCUAUAUCUAAGGCUGCAGAAGAUAGAGAUAACAAGUUCCUAACAAAAGCUGUUGAAGAAGCAUAUAAAGGUGUUGAAUGCGGUGAUGGACGCCCAUUUGGUGCAGUCAUUGUUCAAAAUGAUGAACUUGUUGUUAGCUGUCAUAAUAUGGUUUUGAGAAACAAAGAUCCUACUGCUCAUGCUGAGGUUAUUGCCAUAAGAGAGGCUUGUCAAAAGCUGGAUCAAACUUACCUUCCUGAAUGUGAAAUCUACGCGUCUUGUGAGCCUUGUCCAAUGUGUUUUGGUGCAAUUCAUCUUUCAAAAAUUAAGAGAUUGGUUUAUGGAGCCAAAGCAGAAGCCGCGGUAGCUAUCGGAUUCGAUUGUUUUAUCGCUGAAGCACAGAAGGACACUAGUUCUCAUCAGAAGCCUCAGUUGGAGAUCAAAAAGAUAGAUGGUACUGCUGCUGUAAUUGCGGAACAAGUAUUUGAGAAGACAAAGGGCAAGUAUGCUCUCUACUGAUUGCAAUAAAGAUGCAUUUGCUAUUGCUAUGGCAUUACAAAAUGAUCAUUGAUAUGUUUCUGAUUCAUGUAAUAUAUAACACAAGAUUGUACAAUUUGGAACUACUCUACUAUUUUUUCUCGCAACUAAUCGAUAGUCGAAACCUGUGUAUUGAAGAAA